AUGUCAUUUCACACUGACAAGCUGCGCUGUCCGCACUGUCCACCAGGCACCUCGCUGAUCGAUGACCCGCAGGCAGGUGACCUGAUUUGCCUCGGCUGUGGCCUGGUCGUCGGUGACCGGAUGAUCGACGUCAAGGCAGAGUGGCGCACCUUCAGCAAUGAACGACCGUACAAUCGCAGCCGCGUCGGCGCCGAGGAGAGCCCUCUGUACGACGGACUGGAUCUGCCCACCAUGAUCAGCUCCACCUGCCACAGUGGACGCACAUCGCAGAAGAUGAAGGUCGACUGUGGCUCUGCUGGCCCGGGGAGCAGCCAUAACGGCAGCAGCGAUCGAAAGAUCCGCACCAAAAAGUACCUCAGCACGGCUCAGCGAAACCUGGUGGCCGGCUUCAAGGAGAUCGCCGAGAUGGCGGAGAAGCUGAAGGCGACUCGACCGGUCGUCGAAUCGGCGCAGUUCCUCUUCAAGUGUGCCCAGUCGCACAAUUCAGUUCGAUGUCGCCCGCGAGACGCCGUCGCCGCCGCUUGUCUCUUCUUCGCCUGUCGCCAGCAUCAGGUUCCGCGCACUUUUAAGGAGAUCGGCGCCGUCUGCGCUGGUCAGGCCUCUGUGAAGGACAUCGGCCGAUGCUUUAAGCUGAUUCGCCCGCUGGUCACUCGCAAAGACAGCGCAAGUGAAAAUAGCAGCAGCAACAACAACAUUAGCCGCAACACAGUGUACAGCAGCUCAAAUCAGCGCCCACAGCUGACCGAUUACGUGCCUCGCUUCUGCGGCCACCUUGCCCUUCCACUGGAGCUGGAAAAGCAGUCCUCAGCACUGCUGGAGAAGAUCGAUGAGCUGG